AAUUACAAUAUAAACGUCGAUAAAGGCAGUUAAAAAUAUGAGUGGCCCAAGUGGAGCACGGAAGUGUCACGUACUGAAGAAAGAGUCGGAAGAGUUCGAAUUUUUCUUGAAAGCCGAUGAAUUAAGGGGUGGUCAGAUUAUUACUUCUGUGACCAAAGAUGGUCCUGCUUAUCGAGGAGGACUGAAAGACGGGGAUAGAAUCAUUUCUAUCAAUGGAAACAAUGUUGAAUCAAAAUCCCACGAAGAAAUCGUUUCCAUAAUUAGAGAAUGUGUUCCAACAAACGAAAUCACAUUCUCGGUAGUGGAUAGUGAAAAAGAUCCCAAUACCCCGAAGCCAAAACCACAAAAGACAUCGUCGAGUUCCGGAGGUGAUGCCCGGCCAAGAAUUUGUAAAAUAAAGAAAAAGGACAAUAGCUUUGGAUUUUUCUUGGAAGCUCACGGAGAUACUGCUCCCGGUCAUUUCAUUAAGCAAGUAACAAAAGGAGGUGCCGCAGAUGGAACGAGUUUAAGAGCUGGUGAUCGACUUAUUGCUGUUGGAAAAAACAACGUGGAAAAAGAAAAGCACGCUCAAGUCGUAAACCUAAUCAAAAAAGCUGGACCAAAAGUGACAUUGCUUGUUAUUGACGAGGAAAGUUACAAAGAAUUGAAAGCGAAAAAAAUCCCUAUUACGGAAAAAUUGGCAAAAAGUGGAUCGGUUAAAUCAAAACAAUCAACAAAGGCACCACCGGCAUCAAAGACAAAGCAGUCGGUUAAACAGGAAUCGCCAAAGGUCUCCGAUAACCCAUUGAAAGGCAAAACUCGUGUAGUGCACGUCCUAAAGAAUCCGAAGAACGGAUAUGGGUUCUUUUUGAAGGCAAAGAAAGGAAGUCCUGGUGAAUUCGUUGGGAAUGUAGAUAAAGACGGAUCUGCAGAAAUAUGUGGUCUUUAUCCCGAAGACCAAGUGAUGGCGGUGAACGGAAAGUCUAUAAUCGGAAUGGAACAUGCUGAUGUCAUUGGAUUGAUCAAAGCUAAACAAAGUCAAGUUGUAUUUGUUGUUAUGGACACUCAAGCGAUGAAACACUUUGAGGAGAAAGCUAAUUACCCCACAGCUGAUGACAUAUCGAAAGCUCAUUCGCAUUUGAUAAGAAGCGUGGAAAUGACCAAAGGCGACAGUGGAUUUGGAAUGUUUCUAAAGAUGGAAAAAGGAUGCUCAUUUCAUAUUUUUUCUGACAUUGAAACUAACGGAGUUGCUGACAAAGCAGGAUUGAAAGAUGGUGAUAUAUUGAUUUCUGUGAAUGGUAGUGGAGUAUGGACUGACACACACGAACAAUGUAUAGGGAAAAUAAAGAGUGCUGGUUCCACAGUGAGUAUGAUCGUCGGUAGCCGAGCAACUAGCGAAUUCUUACAAAAAAUUAAUGUGACCAUUGGAAAAGAGCUUUACGACGAAUGGCCUACAGAAGACGAUUUGAAAGUUCCAGAUUUUGAGAAACCUUCGAAACCUGUGGCAGUCGUCGCUGAAGCUGUUAUUGAAAAGAAGGACGGAAACAAGAAUGAUCUAGGACUCGGGAUGAAACCAAGGCUGUGUCAAGUUGUUCGACAAGAUGGUGGAUUUGGAUUUUUCUUGAAAGAUGACAAAGGUCAUUAUUUGAUCAAUCUGGAGAAAAAUGGACCUGCAUUCCGCGCUGGUGCUUUGGAUUAUGACCGUAUUGUAGAAAUCAACGGAGUAAACGUUGAAAACGAACCUCACAGUACGGUAGUGCAAAAGAUUCGAGACUCUGGGAAUGAAGUAACUUUCUUGCUGGUUAACAAACAAGAAGAAAAAUUCUUCCAGGAAAAAGGAGUUCCUAUAACUUCUGCGCUACUCGAAACCAGUGGCGAGCUUGACGACGAGCAUAAGCCUCGUGUUUGCACUUUGAUUAAGACAUCAAGCGGCUAUGGAUUCCAUCUAAUGGCGCAAACAAAAGGCGAAGGAGAAUUGAUCAAAGAAAUAGUUCCGGGUGGGGCCGCUGAAAUUGGAGGACUUAGAAAUGGGGAUCGAAUAAUCGAAGUCAAUGGAUCAAAUGUCGUCGGUGAAUCACACGAACAAAUUGUAAAGAGAAUCACUGCAAACAAAGAAGAGGUAACAUUCCUAGUAAUUGAUAAAGAAGGAGACAUUUACUAUAAACUCAGAAACAUAGUGAUAGUUGCAGCAUUGGCAAAGAAAACAUUUGAUAAGCAAGAUUCCGAGAGAGAAUCUAUCGGCCGUACAUCUGCCACUUCGUCUGUUAUUGAAACAGAAGCUACAGUUCACCAAGAAGAUGAAGAUAAGGAAGAUGCGGAACAAAUAGCGGCGGGAGUUGCGGCAGCUGCAGCGGUUAUUCAAGUUUUGGACGAUCAUGAUGAUGAAAGAGAUGAAACUAAAGUGGAUGAGGAGGAAACGAUUCAAGAUAAAAUAGAAGAGGUCAUCGAGGUCAUUAACGAGGAAAGAGAGGAAAUCAAUGAGCCAGAAAAUCGAGAAUUCAGUCCUGAAGAAAAGGCGGCAAUGGCUGUUGCCGUAGCGACCGCGGUUGAAGAAAUCCGAGAAGAGAUCAACGAAGAAUCGGGAGAAACUGAUCGCAGUGAAACCGCAUCCGCAAUCAGCGAAGCAAUUGAGAUUGUUCAAGAAAGAAAAGAAGAACAAGUUGACACCAGAGAAGAAGUGGUUGAAGAUGAGAUUGAAGAUAUCUUAGAAGAUAUUGAAGAUAGAAGAAACGAAGACGAAGGCUUAGGCCUGGCUGAAAAAGUGGUCGUUGCUGCAGUAGUGACGAAAGUAGUGGACAACCGGGACGAAAUUGAAUCUGCUUCAAGUGGUAGCCGCCCUACAACUCCUACUGUAGAUGAACCACCUGUUCCAAUCGUACAGGAUAUUCUGGAGGAAGUGAAAAAUGACGAUGUGCAAGAUAUUAUUGAGAACCACAUUGAGGAAAAGCAUGAGGAAGAAGACGAAAUAUCAAGAGCUGCCAAAGCUGCUGCUGCUUUGAUUGUUGCAAAUGAGAUAUCGGAAAGAUUAAGCGAAAAAGAUGACAGCGAUAAGGAAGAAGAACCAGAGCCCAUAAUGAAAGCCCUGCAGGAACCACCACCAGUGGUUAUAGAGCAACAACCUAGUCCUGUAGAAGUUCGAGAACCACCUAAAGUAGUAGAAACACCAAAGGCCACGUUUGUUGUGAUUCCUAAGGUAGCAGUGAACGAAAAACCUCAACAACAGGAAAAACCAUCACCGGUGCCAAUAGCUGCCAUCCUGACACAGACCAAUGAAGAGCCAAAGCCACUGAAGCCUACGCCGCAGCCACAAACCACGCAAGUAGUUUUUGGACGACAUCAAUUGAAGUCUAUAAAUAGGCCUCCCGUAAAGUCAUCCGCGGACGUGCCAGUAGUAAACAACCAGAACGAAGAUGAUCAACAAACACCGGCAAUAUCAAGCGUAGCUGCACUGAGAGCUGCUAUUGAAAAGAAGAAUCGUGAAAAUCAGCAGCAACCCUUCCGCAAGACAGAUGCCAGAAACGAACUAGCUCAGCUGUCAAAGUCGCAAAGCAAUGCUACUAAUAAACACAGUCAUUUAUUCGGGGCUAGUGUUAAGAAACCUCAACAAAACGGCACAACGCCAAAGAAACAGUGGACUGGCGAAGGGAUGACAAUCAAAAUUAUUGAAACUUGAAGGAAACCCAUUAUUUGUUUAACAUACAUAUGAAAAAGAUCAAAACUGCCUUGCAGUUGUAAACAUAUUAACAUACCAAAAUUUAAUUUGCUUCUCUAUUGAAAUUUCGUAUUUUCAUUCAUUUAGAAAUGAAUCAAACUAUUCCAAAGAAAAAAAGUUUUUAUUUCAUUUUUAACUCGGUAUUUUUGUCAUGACAUAUUGCUAUUGUAUACUGCUAUUAUUAGGCUUAUAAGUUAAUUUUCUGAUAUGGACAAAAGUAGUUCUUCGAAUCAUAGCCAACUUCGAGUAACUAAUUUAGAGUUUUAAAUUUGUUCAUUUUUCUCCAGCAAUAUCCCAAUGUCACGAGGCUAAACCAGCCUAUGUUCGCUACAUUCGGAUUAACAAAAUAUAUAUGAUAAUUACCAAAAUCUCAGAACGCGAAACGUGUUUUACAAUUGUUCGAAAGUUCGAAACAAUAUGAAAAUAAAAAAAAGCAAAUAACUUUCAAGACGUUAUAAAAAAGUGAACGUUUUUCUAUCUUUCUUCAAUUCCAUAACAGAUUGAAACAAUUCUCCACUUAUGUAUAAAUAUCUUUGAAAUCAAAUUAUUAAUAGGGUUGUAUUUAAAUUCACCAUGGGACAUUAUUGACAGCAAUUGUGUAAAUUUUGUAGCAGAAUGACGGAUAUAUCAUAUUAACCUCGAUUUUAAUUAUUUGUAAAAAAGAAUCGAAAAAUUGUUGAUGAACGUGAUGGAAUGCACUAAUUAAUUUUAUAUUUCAUCGCAUGUAAAUAUGCGUGCAUUUUCUAUUAUAGUGCAUUCCUGCCGAUUGAUAAUCUCAUAAAAAGUUUAUAAAAACGUUGAUUUUGUGGAAGAUAUUAUUUCCUAUGACCUUUGGGAAAAACCUAAUGAGCGUAUCAUGAUUAACGUGCAGAACAUUUCGAUUAAAUAUCAAAUCUUUAUUUUUUAAUAAUUUUAUAUCUAUUGUAUAUUUUUAAUUCAUAAGUUUAAUUUUAAAAGUGAUGGUGGCAACAUGUACAGACUGAUGAAUGCCAUGUAAUUUUCUAGGGAGUCUGUCAGUCAUGUUCAGAAAAUAGCGCGAGGUGACAGUGAAUCGAUUAUCUAUAAUCCAGCUUUUUCUAAGCAAUUCCUGGCAAAUAUUAUUCGGAAUUAUUAAUUAAAAUGAAUGAAAAACGUUCCGUUCGUUUAAUAUGCAAUAAAGCAGUGAUUUCAA